AUGACCCCUAUCCCUCCCUCCCCUUCUUCUCACCCUACGGAAGGAUUCUCCGUGGUGUCGCUUGACUGUGGGAUCUAUGUAAUCGGUGGGUUCAGAAAGAGAAAGUACUCCAGUUAUUCGGACUCUCGUUCUUCUAGUGUCUUGCACUUGGAUUGUCAGACUCACACGUGGCGUCAAGUCCCUUCCAUGAAAGUGGCUCGAUGUAAAGCGGCUGCUGGAGUCGUUGAUGGGAAAAUAUACGUGUUUGGAGGCUGCAAGUAUAAUGAGACCUAUGGAGAGGUAUUUGACCCAAAGACUCAAACAUGGACUCCUUUGCCUCCAGUACGGGAUAGUUUAAAACCGGAUUUGUUAUUCAGAAACUCCAUGGUGGUGGGUGAGAAGAUUUACGCAGUGCCUUUCUCGAAUCCACCAAACCUAUUAUACUACUCUCCCAACAAAGGUAUAUGGGGAAGAGGGAUGAAGGAUAUUAAUGUUUCGAUGAUAGGAACCACAAGUUAUUGUUUUAGUAAGGCAGAGAAUGUAUUAUACAGUUGUGAUGACUUAGGGAAUGUGUUUUGGCGUGAGCCAGAGGAUUCGGAGUGGAAGAAAGUCAAGGAGGGUUUAGGUGCUCAACAUAAUUACUUUGACAAACCGAUGGCUAGCAUUAUCUGGGAUACGGCACCGUGUGAUGAGUUGUUCAAGGGUUACAGCAAAGUACUGAGAAAUUUCGGUACUAACAUUUUGAUCUUUUGGUUCAAGUAUAACCGUAAGAAUACGAAAGUGGAUAUCUGGUGUGCCGAGAUUUCCUUUGAAAGACGCCAUGACAUAGGUGAGAUUGUGGGUAAGACUGAGUGGUUGCAACCUGUUGCUGAAGUUAAGGGCCAUCACGUUAAGGUUUUACAUUCUGCUUAUGUCAAUGUCUAG